AUGGCCCGGCUCUCUGUGCUCCUGGCAGCGGUGAUGCUGGGCUGCACCCCUGCUUGCUGUCUUGGCUGCAGCUUGCCUUGGAUCCACUGCCAGCAAAACAAGGGAAUCGUCACACGUUGGAAACAGAUGCAGAGGAGCCGCAUUCCGUCGUGCCUAAAGGACAGAGCCGACUUCAAAUUUCCUUGGAAAAGAGAGACUAUCGCCCCAAUCCCGACGACCCAAGGCCCCUGUUACCACUAUCUGAUGUUCCAGCAGAUCCUGCGACUCUUCACCACGGGGGACAGCCGUGCUGCCUGGGACAACACCCUCCUCGAUAAACUACUCUCCAGCCUUGAUCAGAGCCUGAAACAACUGGAGCAGAUGCAAGAAGACUGUCUGGAUUGUGCCGAUUUGGGACUUCUUGCCCGGAAGUAUUUCCACGCAAUCCAUCUCUACCUGGAGGACAGGGAAUACAGCCCCUGUGCCUGGGAAGCUCUCAGAGUGGAAAUUAUAAAUGUUUUUCCCUCAUGGAAGAAUCCUCAACGAAAAGUCCACAAAUAAAGAUGUUUAC